GCUGCUGCUGGCAGCUACAGGAUGAAGUCGCCUCCCUGCUGCAUGUCGCUUUCUUCCCAAGCAUCCCUGGAGGAACGAGGGAGUAGCACAUCCCUGGGCUCCCUGGACUCCAGUGUUUUCUCCAGCGAAGAAGAGCAGGGGCCCCUGCUCCAGAAGGUCGUUCCCUCCUUGGACUGGUUCACGAUCAACGUAGGAGGCAGCCGCUUCGUGAUGUCCCAGCAAACUUUGUCUUGCUACCCUGACACCCGUCUUGGCAAACUGGCCGUAGUGGUCUCUGCUGCCCGGGAUGUGGCCUCUGGCCUCCUUGAGCUUUGCGAUGAUGCCAACCUGGUGGAGAAUGAGUAUUUCUUUGACCGGAGCUCGCAGGCUUUUCACUACAUCCUGAAUUACUACCAGACAGGGAGGCUGCAUGUGAUGGAGCAGCUUUGUGCACUCUCCUUCCUGCAGGAGAUGCAGUGCUGGGGUUUGGCAGGAAGACGUGGCGUGCAGGAUUGUGGGCUGGGUGAGCUCGGCAUUGACCUGCGUGAGAGGUACUUCAGGAGGAAGGAGCUGAGCGAAGCCUUAGACAUCAAGAAAGAUGCAGAAGAACUGGAUGCCCAAGAUGAGGAAGAGGACUUUUCUGGCAGCCUCUGUCCCAGUGUCAGACAGAAACUUUGGGAAGUUCUGGAAAAGCCUGGCUCCUCUGCAGCAGCCAGGACUUUCGGCACUUUGUCCAUGGCUUUUGUUGUUGUGUCCAUUGCCAACAUGGCUUUGAUUUCGGUAGAGCUAAGCUGGCUGGCACCACCGCUCCUUGAUGCCCUAGAGUACAUGUGCAUUGCAUGGUUCACAGUGGAGUUUGUUCUGAGGUUCCUGUGUGCACGGGAUCGGUGUCACUUCCUAAGGAGCGUGGCAAACAUCAUAGACCUCCUCGCUAUUUUACCUUUCUACAUCACGCUGCUGGUGGAGAGCCUGUGUGGUGGGGAGAGCUCCCAAGAACUGGAGAACGUGGGGCGCAUUGUCCAAGUGCUGAGACUGCUCAGAGCCCUGCGGAUGCUGAAGCUGGGAAGACAUUCAACAGGCUUGCGGUCUCUUGGGAUGACUAUUGCACAGUGCUACGAGGAGGUUGGCCUUUUGCUGCUUUUCCUCUCUGUAGGAAUCUCUAUAUUUUCCACUGUGGAGUACUUUGUUGAGCAAGGCAUGCCCGGCACGACUUUCACAAGCGUACCUGCUGCUUGGUGGUGGGCCACAACUUCCAUGACCACUGUUGGUUACGGUGACAUCAGACCAGACACUACCAUCGGUAAGGUAGUGGCGUUUAUGUGUAUCCUAUCAGGAAUACUGGUUUUGGCGUUGCCAAUAGCGAUAAUAAAUGACCGUUUUUCUGCUUGUUACUUUACACUGAAGAUAAAAGAAGCUGCUCUUCGACAGCGUGAAGCUUUAAAGAAACUCACAAAGAACUCAUCCAGUGAUUCUAAUAUCAAUGUUAAUUUGCGAGACAUAUAUGCACGCAGUGUCAUGGAUAUGUUACGGUUAAAAAGCAGAGAGAGAGCAAGCACAAGGAGCAGUGGAGCAGAUGAGUUUUGGUUUUGACUUUUAAGUUAUUUAGCCUUGUAUAGCAAAUAGAC